AGUUCAUUCUGAAUUCUUUCUUUUUUUUCGCUAUUUCAAAACAAAACAUUACAUCUUCCUGCACGAGAUUAAUUGCUCGAGGCGCAGUUCCACAACGCUUAAGCAACAUAAAAUCAUCUCAUCCAGGCAGCAUGACGUCCAAAGUAUUGUUGAAUAAAUUCUCCUCCUCUAUUCGGCACGUAUAUGUCGUCAAUUUUGUUCCCUCACUGUCUUUCUCAACCAACAAACCACCAACGGAUAAUCCGGUCAGUCCGCGGAUGGAAGAGUUCCAGAAGAAACUGCGUGAGAAAACUCCCAUCGGAAAGCUGGAUGAAAUUGUCGGUAAGCAUCCUUAUCAGGAGAAGGAACCGCUAGAACCGUUUCCAAAUAAUACGAACCCGAACACGGGUGAAAUUGGUGGACCUAGGGGACCGGAACCGACCCGAUACGGAGACUGGGAGCGCAAGGGUCGUGUAAGUGAUUUUUGAAAAGUGUGCCCACACUGAAGCACACACUUUGUGGAUAAUUUAUUUUAUCAUAGUGCGUUUGGAUGUUAGCAUUUAGAAGAUAAAUCGUGUUAAAAAGACGUUAGAAUAGAUUUGAAGUUGCAUAUUUCUUGAUACGCCAAGGGCA